AUGUCCGAAGGUUUACCGAGAGAAGAGGUCGAGCGCAUGCUCUUCUUCGAGGACGCGCGACAGCGCGCCGAGAUCGAGCAUCAACAAAAUCCUCGAGAUGCCCAGGUGUUGACCCGGUGGGGUGGCGCCCUGUUAGAGCUCGCGCACUUUCGUCAAGGGCCCGAGGCGGUGGACAUGAUCGAGGACGCGGUGGAAAAGUUUGAGCAGGCGCUCGCGAUCAAUCCGAAGAAGCACGACGCGCUGUGGUGCCUCGGAAACGCGCUGACAAGUCAAGGGUUUUUAUUUCCCGACGCGAGGGAGGCGAUGCGGUACUUCGAGGAGGCGAAAUCGUGCUUUCGCAGGGCGCUGGCUGAGGAGCCGACGAAUGAGAUUUACAAGAAAGCGCUGGAGAUGACGGAUAAGGCGCCUGGUUUGCACGCCGAGUUGCAGCGUCAGCUCGCGGAGCAGGCGGCGGCGCAGGGGGCGUACGGGGGCGGUGGUCAGGGGUACAGCUACGGCGCCGCGGGUAAGGGUGAGGGCGAGAGUGACUUCUGGUGGGACGUGGCGGGCUGGUGCACCUUCGGUCUCAUCGCCGCCUCGUGGGUCGUCAUGGCGCAAAUGCAAGCCCCGGUUGGGCAACCGUGA